CGCGCGGGACGCGGGAUCCACGCUCGCCGGAUCUCAGCGGGCAUCGCGUUCAAAUCCCGCGAAGGCGUCUCGCUCGCGCGUCGCGUCGGUCGGCAUGAUGACGUCCGCGGAGGCGCCGAGACGCGGGAAGCGCCGCGACAUUGCGACGCCGCUGAAGACGCUGUGGGCGAUCGCGCAGUGCUACGCCGUCGUGGCGGUCGCGUGCGGGGGGUACGCGUCGCUCACGGGAGGGUUCAAACCGAAGACGAGGGUCACGGCCUCGAACCGAGGUCUCUUCGCCGGCGGGCCGUCCAUCUUCGAAGACGCGCGGCGCGUGGACGACUUCUUCGGCGCGUCCUCCAAGGCGAAUCACGCGUUGCGAUUCGCGUGCGCCAACGCCGUCCGCGCGACGACGAACGCGCCCACCGCUCUGGGGGAUAUCGCGCUCGCGGCGGCGACGACGACGAGAGCGACGGUGUCUCCGGUCGCGAUGGUGCUCUACAGACUUCUGGGGUUGAAAACGUACGUGGAUCCGUUGUAUCCGUUCGUGGCGCCGCCGAUGCGGGCGGCGGCGAACGUCGCGGCGACGACGACGCGGACAGUCGUCGGCGGGGCGACGCGCGGCGCCGUGGACCUUCUCGCCGCGAUGGGACGUUCGCCGCUCGGCGCGCCGUUCCGAGGCGCGGUGAAGUAUUGCGCUUACCCGGAGCGGUACGGCGCGCACACGAUACCGAAGAAGCCGGACGUGUCGUAUCUGCGUUGGGGGGAAAAGUGCCGGACGUCGAAAUGGGGGGAGUGGACGAAGUGCAGCGUCGAGUGCGGCGUCGGGAUCACCGCGCGGAUGAACCACUGCGGGAGGAAAGAGGUCAAGCGGUGCGUGGGCGCCAAGAAGUUCGGGUGCGACGGCGUGUGCGGCAGCGGCGCGGAGAAGGAUUGCGCCGGCGCGUGCAGAGGCGGCGCGCGCGCGGACCCCGUCUCCGGUCUGUGCGAGCCGUCCGCCUCCGACAAGAAAUCUUGGAGCGGCGCGCGCGGCGGCAAAGGCAAAGGCGCCGCGCGCGAGGAGACGACGACGAAGAAGAAGUCGCGCGCGCGGACGAUCGCGGGGUCGUUCAACCUCCCGUGGCCGCUGUCGCUGGUCGCGUUCGCCGUUCUGAAGUGCGUCGGCGCGAUGCUCUCGCCGACGAUGUUCGUCCUCGUCGUCGUCGCGACGGUGACGCACCGCGUCGUCGUCGUGCACGUCUGGGAGAAGGAAGCAGGCGUCGACGACGAGCUCGUGACGAUCCUGAAGACCGCGGUGCUGAGCGUCAAGGUGGCGUGGGAGAAAGCCGCGGAGACGGCGCCGUGGUUGCGCGGCGUCGCCGCGGGCGCCGCGCCCGUCGCGAGAGAAGCGAUCGCGCGCGUCAAGGCGCUGCUCGCGAGAUUCAAGGCGGCGCCGAAGGCGAAGAGCGACGACUACGUGACCGCGUCGGACGCCAUGGGCGCGUUCAUCAACAUGGACUGGCUCAAAUCCGUCGGCGCCGCGAGCUCGAAGCUUGAGGACGACGGGAAGAGGACGGGGAAGAAAACCAAGAAGAUGACGAAGAAGCUCGCGAAACAAAAGUACCGCGAGCAGACACGACGCCAGAUCCUCCCGGCCGCGAUGGUGCGCGCGCGCGCGCUCACGGCGCUGCUGAAGAUGUCCACCAACCCCACCGUCGAGUGGUCCUCGCGUCUUCGAUGCCUCGCCGCGCUCGUGCGUCUCUCCGUGUUGGAUCCGGGACGGCAGGCGAUGAUCGAGAGCAUGGGCGGCGUCGACGUCGCCACGCAGGUAUUGCUGACGUGGCUGCAGCAGCGCUCGCUGCAAGGCCCGGACAGCGCGAUGCAGCUGAUCCGCGUGCUUCUGUACGCCCCCGCGUCGUCGAUUCUCGCCGCGAAGAGGCUCGCGGUGACGAGCGGCGAGACCGCGGACGCGUUGGCGAGGGUGCUGGCGGCGACGCCCGGAAACGUCGCCGCGCAACGCACCGGGCUCGCGUCGACGUGGCAGAUCCUUCGACUCGCGGGGCCCAAGUCCGGGGUCGCGGAGAGGCUCGUCAAGGUCGUCGGGCUCUUCGCGCACCUCGUCGACGAGUGGGAGCGGAGUAAGCACGACGAGGGCGUCGCGCAGUGCAUCGCGGGGAUCACCUUGGAGCUCGCUCUGGGGAACAAAAAGAUGCAGAAAAUUCUCACCAAGCUCGGCGCACAGUUGCUCGUCGCGAAGGUGUUCGUCGCGCACCGGAGCUUGGACUUCCAAGGUAGGUACGUCGACUUGAAGGAGUGGAUGCUGCUGCCGAACCCGGACGGGAUCGUGAAGCACUACGUCGCGGGGGGGGUCGCGAAGGAGGUAAAGUCGAGCGACGACUGAGCGAGCGCGAGCGCGCGCCCGCCUGAAUACCUUCAGUUAUUUAUGAAUAAAAAUCUUAUAGCGAACUCAACUC